UCUCCUCGGCGGCAAGCAGGGAGCCCGACGGGCGAGUGCGGUUGGGGUAGCAGGAGGUCGGGAGUUGAGGGCUGCGGUGGGGAUUUAGAACGGCCCCGGAGGUGUCCCACUCGGAGGAAUGGAACCCGCCUUCGGGGAGGUGAACCAGCUCGGGGGGGUUUUCGUCAACGGGAGGCCUCUGCCCAACGCCAUCCGGCUACGGAUUGUGGAACUGGCGCAGCUGGGGAUCAGGCCGUGCGACAUCAGCCGCCAGCUCCGCGUUUCCCACGGCUGUGUCAGCAAAAUCCUGGCUCGCUACAACGAGACCGGCUCCAUCCUACCGGGGGCUAUCGGAGGCAGCAAGCCGCGAGUCACCACCCCCACAGUGGUUAAACAUAUCCGGACCUACAAACAAAGGGAUCCGGGCAUCUUCGCCUGGGAGAUCCGGGAUCGCCUGCUGGCCGAUGGCGUGUGCGACAAGUACAACGUACCGUCGGUCAGCUCCAUCAGCCGCAUCCUCCGCAACAAGAUUGGGAACCUGUCCCAGCAGGGCCACUACGAGUCCUACAAGCAGCACCAGCCACCCCCGCAGCCCACCUUGCCCUACAACCACAUCUACUCCUACCCCAGCCCCAUCGCUGCCGCGGGAGCAAAGGUGCCCACGCCGCCAGGAGUGCCUGCCAUUCCUGGAACCAUGGCCAUGCCCCGCACCUGGCCCUCAUCCCACUCGGUGACGGACAUCCUGGGCAUCCGCUCCAUCACGGACCAAGUGAAUGACACCUCUUCGUACUCCAGCCCCAAGGUGGAGGAGUGGAGCAGCCUGAGCCGGAGCAGCUUCCCCCCUGCAGCCCAGCACGCCGUGAACGGGCUGGAGAAGAGCUCCCUGGAACAGGAGGCCAAGUACAGCCAGGUGAUCUGGAUGGCACCCCAUUCGAACCCCAUUUGUGAGACCUGCCUCUUACUGGCCACCUGCUUCCACGGCCAAAACCCAGUGCCCUGCCCACCAACCCACAUGGCUACAGGGCACUCCACCUGGAUGAAACUAAUAAAGAAAGUCAGAGAGGCACACAAUGGCCUCCCAGCAGUUGGAAGCUUCGUAUCAGCACCAGCCAUGUCUCCCUACGCCACGUCGGCUCAAGUGUCGCCCUACAUGCCAUACAGCGCAGCUCCCUCCAGCUACAUGGCAGGCCAUGGUUGGCAGCACGCUGCGGGCACGCCGCUCUCCCCUCAUGGCUGUGACCUCCCUGCCCCGCUGGCCUUCAAGGGCAUGCAGACAGCCAGGGAAGGCAGCCACUCAGUCACGGCCUCCGCUCUCUGA